GCAUUAGCAUGUGAAAAUCGACCUCGCUGAACUCCAGUGCGCAUGCCUGAAAUCUAGCGGGAAAUAUCAAACAGUUUUAUUUUUCGUACAGUUUAUUAAUGUCUUGAUGCUUCGUUAAUAUUUACAUUGUACAACACAGACUUGUACAUAAUUUUUGACUCUAGAUUGUAGCCCAGUGAUGAUGGACAGCGAAAUGUCGCAGACGCUCAUUCUGGGCACUGAUAUGGAAAUGUCCAAGGAAGAAAACAGUGAAAAGGAUUCUGGUAUUGAAGAAGUUUCACCACAACACAAAACACUAUCAUUUACUGAAGAGAGCGACAGUGAAGACGAUGACUUCUGUGCCAAGUUUUCUCGGAAACAGACUGCUGUUAUUAAUGAUGAUGAUAGUGAUGAUGAUGACAAUGCUGGUGAUGGUGAUGACAAUGCUGCUGUUACUGACAAUGACGACAAUCAUAGAAAUGCUGUUAGUGAGCCUGUUCGAAACUUACUUCUGCCAGAUAUUGAAUAUGGUUCCCUUGAGAUAUUGGAGAAUGAAAACCACAUUAACAGUGAUGAUGAUGAUGAUGACGAUGACGACGACAAGAAAUUUAAUAUCAUCAAACGGAAAAAGACAUCAUCACAGAAAAAAGCCAAGAACAGUUUCCAUGACAACGUUAAAGAAUAUGGGAUUUGA